AUGGCAACUUUGUCUGGCGCCGCCGCCGACAAGGAAGCUGGCGCUGAUGGCGCGGCACCAUAUGGGACACGCUCCCGCAACAGAAAUGGCAACGCGCGGCCUAAUUAUGCCGAAGACAAGGACAUUGAAAUGGACAAUUAUGACUACUAUGACAAGAACCAGGGUGAAGCGCCCAAGAAAUCGUCGCGCCUCGCGACGACAGCUACCUCUACUGGCACCAGCACUCCCACCACCACCAACGGUAGUGGUGACAUGUCAGGGCGCGUCACGGCUGGGGGUCGCAAGCCUCUGACAGGCAGCGCACCAGGCAGCGACGACUCCAAGACGACGGCAUCGCAAGCCAAUGGAGCUGCCGGAAGCAAUGGACACGCACCGAACGGCGCAUCAGGGCCAUCGUCGUCGUCGGCGGCUUCGCGCAAGCGCAAGGCCGUCAACGGCUCAGCUGCUCAGCUGGCAGCGACGAAUGGCGGUCACCCGGCAAAGCGUGUAGCCAGCUCCAACACGUCACAAAGCACGCCGGCGGCAGUUUUGCCCGACACCAACAUGCUCAGUUUUGAGAAUUGCAAGGCGCGCCCUCAGAAUGGGCGUCUGGUGGCUGACGACGGAACGGUGCUGGAAGCAAAUGAUCAUGUGUACUUGGUUUGCGAGCCGCCUGGCGAGCCGUAUUACCUGGGCCGCAUCAUGGAAUUCCUGCACUCCAAAAACGACCCGUCGCGGCCGGUGGACGCGGUGCGCAUCAACUGGUUCUACCGGCCCAAGGACAUUGGGCGCAAGGUGACAGACACGCGGUUGCUGAUUGCUACCAUGCAUUCCGACAUCAGCCCGCUGGCUGCGCUACGUGGAAAGUGUCAGAUACGCCACCGGGCGGAAAUCGAGGGCGACUUUGACGAGUACCGCAAGUCGCCCGACUGCUUUUGGUAUGAGAAGCUGUAUGACCGGUACAUCCAAAAGCACUACGACCUGAUCCCGACCAAGUUCAUCGUCAACGUCCCGGAAAAGGUGAAGAAGGUGCUGGAUGAGCGGUGGAAAUUUGUCUUGGUUGAGCAGGGGCGAGGCAAGGAGCUGACUAGCGCGAGCAAGUCGUGCAAGCGAUGCAGCGGGUAUUGCGCAAGCAACGACUCCGUCGACUGCGCCGUUUGCCGCUUCACUUACCACAUGAACUGCGUCCGACCCCCUCUCCUCAAGAAACCAUCUAGAGGCUUUGCCUGGUCCUGUGCUGCCUGCAGUCGUGCCCAGGAACGCAAACUCGAAAACCGUCACACCGUUCCCGAUGGCGAAGACGACGAAGACUUUCUCGACGACGACGAAGAAGAUGCCCAGGACCCCAACACAAAUCGAACCACCCCGGUCGAUGACGACAAGGUCCACCAUCAAGGCACUGCCGAGCAAAUAUACCACGCCAGUCUUUGGCCUUAUCGCUAUCUCGGCAUUCAUUGCAAGCCCGAAGAUGCCUUGGACUAUGACGACCGCAUAUAUCCUCGCGCCGCCACUCGCAUUGGCCCCAGAAAUCAGGCCAUUGUCCUCCCAUGGCCAGGUCGUCCCGUGGAAUAUGUCAAGCCUCUCGAAAUCAAGCGCGGAAAGGGUGGCACUAAGCUCAAGGACAUCCAAGAGGAAAAGGCCCAGCGUGGGAAGCGACCAAAAUGGGUUCAAGACGAGCCACCCGGCUAUACCGUUCGAGGCGAGGACUAUCCUGCCGAUGACCCCAAUUGCACGGCCACUCCCCUCUGGAUUCCUCCCGCCAACCAGGACCAGGUAUCCAGCGAAGACGUUAUUGCUUACAUGGACAAGGCUAGGGAGACGGCCAAAACUCACGGCCUGCCCAAGCAAUGCACCAACCUGCAGGACGUCGCCAUCAACGACCUCUAUCGCCAAGAUUAUAACCCUGACAAGGCUCUUGCCAUGCUCGCCAAGACACCCGUGCCCAACUUCAAGGAACCGCGCCUGUCCCCCGCCGAAGAAAAGCGAUGGGAGGAAGCUAUUUCCAAGUAUGGCUCUGAAUUGUUCCUCGUCAAGAAGCACGUCAAGACUAUGACCUAUGGACAGGUCGUGCGCUAUUACUACAGCUGGAAGAAGUCGGAACGCGGCAAACAGAUUUGGGGCAACUACAGCGGCCGCAAGGGCAAAAAGCAUGCCAAAAGGGCCGAAGUUGCUGCCCACAAAAUCGUCGAUGACGUUGCCGACGAUGAUGACGAUUCUGCUUUUGAUACCGCCAAGGCUGCUGAAAAGAAGCGUACCUUUUCCUGCCUAUUUUGUCGGACCACAACCUCACGUCAAUGGCGCAGAGCUCCCAAUUCCAUGCAGGGUUUAAUGGGGGAUAAUGCAGUCGGCAAACCACUGGCCAAAGAUAAAAGCAGCCAGCCUCUUGUCGCCCUCUGUCGAAGAUGUGCCGAGCUGUGGCGCCGCUAUGGUGUUGCAUGGGAGGAUAUUGACGAGGUGGCUAAGAAGGUCGCUCAAAACGGCAAGACCUAUAAGCGCAAGGGGGAUGAAGAGCUUCUCAAGGAGCUUCAAGCUGCCCGAGAGCAUGGUCUCAUGACGCCUGAUCGCGACUCAACGCCUCUCAGCGGCACCACUAGCGCCAACGGCAUCGAGCCGCCGAGGAAGCGUCUCAAGGUCCCCAUCGACCGAGACUUUGAACCGGCCAACUCGGAUGGUGGCAGUGUUUCCGGUGCCAGCCUUACCAAGAAGAAGGAGAAGGAGAAGGAGAAGGACAGGACCAGGGAAGCUACGCCCGUGCCCGAAAUGCCCCAAGCUCGAACUCUGCCCUGUGCCAUCUGUAACGAGAUGGAGCCUCUCGGCGACCAGCAUGUCGCUUGUCGCGAAUGCCGUCUCACUGUUCACCGCAGCUGCUAUGGCAUCAUGGACAAUCGGACUCAGGGCAAAUGGCUUUGCGACAUGUGCACCAACGACAAGAACCCGCAGGUCUCGAUUCACUACAAAUGUGUCCUGUGCCCGGUUGAGCAUACUGAGCAGGAGUUUGUGGAGCAACCCAAGCUUACGCACCACAAGAAGAAGAUGUCGGAGAAGGAUCGUGAGCGCGAGAGGCUCCAAGUCCAACAAGCUCGUAAGGCUGCUGAGCAUUACCGAAAGCGUCAAGAAGAGCUGAGUCGACCCGUCAACCCUCGAGAGCCAUUGAAACGGACGGCGGACAACAACUGGGUCCAUGUCACCUGCGCUGUCUGGACCCCUGAGGUCAAGUUUGCCAAUUCCAAGGCGAUGGAGCUUUCGGAAGGCAUAACGUCCAUCCCGAAGCCUCGCUACGCUGAGAUUUGCCACGCUUGCAACCAAGGAGGCACUGGAGCAUGCAUUCCUUGUCACCACUGCCGCACAACGUUCCACGUGGAAUGUGCUCGACAGGCUGGCCACCUGCUCGCUUUUGAUAUCACGCCAAUCAAGAGCACCCGACGCGACCAGUUCAACAUUGUGACGAUCAAUGGCGAGAGCGGUACCAUGUCGGCCAUGUUGUGGUGCAAGGAUCAUAUCCCCACCAAGACGAUUGCCCACAGAAUGCACGAAGUUGUCAACGACGAAGGCCUCACUGCGCUGCAGCUUUUCGCGCAAAACUUCAAGCAGGCCGACUUGACGCUCACGGGCACUGCACGCAGGGCGAAUCUCUUGACCAUGGCGGCCAAGGCAGGUGGCGCCGCAUUCCCUGCGACUCGCAGAGUCUCGUCGACGACGACAGCCAAUGGCGCGGCCGUUGUUGGCGUCGCUGGUGCGGCCAGCGGAGAGCAUGUAAACCCGGCUACCAAUGCUGCUGAGCCGGGCGAAAAGGUCUGCAUCAGCUGUGGUUGUGAUGUGACGCCGCGAUGGUGGCCUAUUGAUACGAGCCAGGAAAGACAGCUCACCAACGGUCAUUAUGGAGCGAUUGGAUCUGAGGCGCAAAAGUUUGUGGAGCAGAGGAAGUUCCAGUGUCACAAAUGCAAGAAGCUCGCGAAAACACCGCGACCGCAUCACGCGCCACCGCCGCUGUCAACACCUGAGCCACGGCCACCUUACCCGACGCUGGCCCCUCCGUUGAUGCCACCGCUGCGUAGUCCGCCGGCGCCGGCGCCGCUGGUUCCCGAGUACCGUGAUGCUCGCUCUGUGAGCCAAUGGCCGCGACCUGUGUCCAGCCAUCAUCACCACGGGCACCAUGGCCCUCCGCCGGCUCUGCCACAUCCGGUCCAUGCACCGCCGCCCCUGUCCCUCUCACAGUCGCAUGUCAGCCAUGGUCGGCCGUCGCAUCAUUCGUCGCAUGCAUUUCCUGCGCCGCCGCCUCCGCCUCCGUCGCGGAGCAGCCACUUCGACUGGCAUCACGGCUCAUCUCUAAGGCACUCGUCACCGCCGCGUCAUGUAAAUGGAAGCUCACCGCUCAUGCAUAGCGCACCACCACCACCGCCGCCCAUCUCGUCGCUGCGACCGCCGCCAUUGUCCGGACCGCCUCCGCCAGUCGGCCUGGGAAGCCGAAACUCGCCUGCACCGAUGUACGCGAGCGGGCUACCGCCUUCACCGCGUAGCCUACGGGGACCGCCACCUCCGCCGCCGGGGCCGGCAUAUGUACCGCAGUUUCAAGGACACGGAGGCCACCCGUCGCACACACCUUCGCACAGCCUGAAUGGAGGCCCGCCGCCGCCGCCGCUGCCACCGCCACGAGACUCGUUUGCUCACGGGCUUCAUCCGCAGCGAUCACAGUACCACUCGUCGGUACACGUGAGCCCUUCGGGCCCUCCGAAUGGGAUGCCGCCGCACGCGUCACGGGAUGCCAUGCCACCACGGCCCGAGGUGCGACCAAGCGGUGCCAGCGCAAACCCAUCACUCCGAAACUUGUUGUCUUAG